AUGGUUUUCCGCAUAGUAAUUGCGGGAGAGUCACAGUGUAAUAUUUUUGCUGAAGUGUGCUUAGUAGCUGAUCAUAUUUCUCAAAAUUUGCCCAGCUUUUGUUAUGAACGCAUUGAAGUACCAGUAGCUGAAUGGAAGAUUUGGUUGUGUAAAAUAAACACAAAAAACAAAUGGCAUCAUAUAGACUCUCCAAUAAUAUGGAAAGAGUUAUUGAUGAUGGGCAGCAAGCCGUUUUAUAUUGGUGGCGCUUGUGAAUUUUUGGAAUAUUGUCAUUCAUAUUAUAAUUUUGAUCUCUUUUUGUCUCCAACGAGAUUUGAAUAUUUGGUACAUAAUUACGGACAAUAUCAAAGGAAAAUUAGAGAAGAAAAAAGAUUAAACUCAUCGUCACAAAUUUUCGAUUUCCAAAAUGAUGGUAAAAAGUCUGACUACACAAUUUGCAUAUCUGGUGCUGGGAAUCCGAUAUCUAUGUUUAUAAUAUCUGGUUUAUUUGAAAUGACAUCGGGUGAUAAAAUAAUUUCUAAAAUAUAUAUUUACGAUGAGGAUUGCUCUCAAAGUUUGAUGGAAUUUAUUGAAUAUGAAUGUAAUUUUAUCGGUGGUGAUCUUUCAGGCAAAGUAGUUAAAAAUAUUGAAAAGAUUGGCGUUGCUCUUACCGGGACCAAUCUUUUAAUAAUCUUAGAUUAUGUACCUUUUAGAUCUACUUAUUCUAUCGGAAAAUGGCUAUACGAAAAUAAGAAAGUUAUGGAAAGAAUUGCUCUAAAUAUUAAUGCAUCAGCAUCCCAGAAAAUGUAUAUUGUUUUCCCAAAUUUAGGACCAGCAUGUUAUAAUGCCACUGUUUUAGCAAAUGCUGUAAAGAGUUUGCCUAGGAGUAAUAUUGUAGUAGUUACAUCAGAUAUCGGUUUAGAUAUAGUUCCAGUUGCUGCAGAGAUAGCAGAUGUUCCUCUUAAAAACAUAUUUUGUCCACCAGUUUGGGGGUUUGUAGGAAUAAAUCAUUUAACAGAUAUUCACACAACUAUUCACAAAUAUGAGUCUUUUGAUCCUUACAAUAGAUUUAUCAAAGUUAGAAACUCGACACUUUGCGUUGGUACACUUACACCGGAAUUGCGAUCAAUGGAAUACCUUAUGUUUUCUGAUGAUUCUUUAUGGACAAAAGUUGCUGAACGGAAAAUCAAAAAGAAAUCGUCUGAUAGACCAAUUUGUAUAAAUAAAGCAGUUGCUGUUUUAAAUUUGGUUAAGUUAUGGCUUUUUUACCCUGAUCCCAAAAAUAUUGUUAACCUCGGUAUUCCAUGCAAUGGUGCUUUUGGGUUAACGUUUCCAGGACAUUUUUCACAACCCGCAAAAUUAGUCAACGGUAAGUGGGAACCAGCUUCGAAUUAUGCAUUACCAAGAGAUCCAAAUAUGUCAAUUUCAUAUUUGGAAGAAAUAGCCAAAAUGGUAAUGAAUCUAUCUAAAGAAGAUUUACCUCAAUUGAUUCCUUACACUCCAUGUAUUUGUAAACAACCUAUACGAUUUACGAAAUAUAAAUAA